AUGGCUGAGCCCAGCGUAGUAAGUAGCUCAAGGCACAGGUCGCAGCCUAGUCGGACGAACACCAGCACUCGCAGUGCGAGCACUCAGCAAGGCCAUAUUAGUUCCCAAAGCCCGUCGCAGCCUAUCUCGAUGCCGAUGCCGAUGCCCAGUACACCUCCGGUACUGCCAAAUUCCCAGGGAACGACCGAGCUGCGUCGAAGCUAUUACACCACAAAUCCUGAUCCGGACACAGAAGGUUCAGUAGAAGGAGACUACGUGAACAUACCUGCAGUGGGUGUUGAGGGCCAGGUGAUGGGCUUCAAUGUCCAGCCUGUCGAAGUCGAGCCAAUCCCGCGGAGGAAGGGCGGAGGGAGGUUCAUCGGUGGCUUCGUUAAGAGCUUAAGAAAAAUACCUCGAACCAUGUUCAGACCUGGUCAUGGAUCUAAUACUGUUGUUCCAGAGACACUAAGUCAACCUGCGGCACGUGCACCUCUUCCAAGUUACAUGCUGACCCCACCUACACCUGCAAUUCCAGGGCAGCCGUUCUCAUAUUUGGAUGAAACCCAUGUUCCUGAAACUCCUGAUAUCUUUCCUGUAACAUCGCCCCAUCCGACCCGGAUAGAAUUAGAUGAUGCUACCGUACACUCUCCAGAGCGCAAUCCUGAUAGAGACACCAAUAUGCCGUCCAUGUCUCGUCAUACAUCUCACCACACAUCUCACCAUACAUCCCAGAAUCACAAUAAUCCUAGUACCAAUCGAAACUCCUUUGCUUAUCCAAACUCAUAUCAUGACCCUCCCUCUGUCGCCGCACAUCCACAACCUUCGCCGGACUAUCGUCGAAUGUCUAGACAUACCGGUGAAGAAUCCGUCCUUGGAAGUUACUCAGCCGGUACCCCUUCAUUCUCUACGGAACUCGAUCGGAACCCUUUCCGGGUCCUGAAAGCACUGGUAAACAUGCCUUGGAUCUCUCAUGAUCGAGUGACAGUCGAUUAUUCACCCGGAAUGGAGGAUAGUAGGGGCGCGCUGCGAGUAGCUAGUCCAUCAGGCGAAAAAGGCAAAUCCAAAGGUAGUAAAGAGAGGCAAAGCGCAAGGUGGAGUAUAGUCGAACAAGGGUGGAAACCCUGGAAGCGCACGUCAGUUUUUCUUACCCUAGAUGGUCGCAUUGUCUCCCCUGAGGAAGGACCAGAUGCACUUGCUCGUGGGGAUGCGCGGAAGGGGAAAAUGUAUGUGCCGGUCAACAAACCAGAGACUUCAUGGUACUCAGGUGGACAUAUGAUCAAGGUCUCUCGACAUAAGCGUUCAGGAAUACCAAGAAAUAGGGAGUUGGACCUCAUGAGCUCAGGUAGCGAGCCUGGUGCGCGGUCUUCCAUUGCAUCCACCCCUCGUGCCUCUCGUGUUUCAGCCAGACGAAGAAUUUCACGCUCAACUCUCACUUCUCCUUCUUCCCCAACUUCACCCCCUCCACUCCGCCGCCCAAGAAACAGAGAAACCUUCCGUCAGACUCCCCGGAGACACAGCCGUAGGUUGUACUAUGCCAACAAUGAAUAUGCGUUCCUUGAUCCUGGGUCUACCCCGGGAUCAUCUCCCAUUCUAGCGCGGAGGUCUAACAUGAGGUCGCGGGAAGUGCUUCGAGACCGACAUAGACCUAUACGCCGACGGUACAGCCGUGAUAUCCCUCAACUCCCAACUCAACAACCCCUCGUGCCUCCUGUGCCUCCUCCUGCCAGUCCUUAUCCUCUCAGUCCUUUGGUUUUCGUUCAAUCAGCACAUAUGGACAGUCCCUCUGGAGGUGCUGAUCCUAAUUCUCAUCUACAUCCACAAACUGGCUCUGGGAUGCCAGUCCCGGUGUAUGGUGUCACUCCGAUGUAUAUGUCGAUACUUCCUGGUAUGCCUCCUCCGCCUACGGGAUCUGGUGUUGGAAUAGGAGAGUCCAGUCCCCCAGGAUUCGCGGGACGUGGUGCAGGGGGUGGAUAUGGGGCAGGUUAUGGUGUACAGGGGUAUGCUGGGACUGCUCCUCCAGGAAGUGGGGCUUAUACUUAUAGUUAUGCGUAUCCUUAUGCACCCUCGCAGUCUCCUCCGCCACCUCCGCAGGCUCACCAUAGUGAAACACGGAAGUCACCGCUGAACACUGCUGGAUAA